AUAAAAAUAACACGAUAACACGACUGUUGUAGUUAACACAGGUCGCGGGUAAUGAAGGAUUUGGUUGUUGUAUAACUGUUGAUAGUGUCAUCGCACAACAAUUUUGUUGUUGAUUUCCUACACGAACUAGCCCAAAUUAAUAUUAAUUAAUCGUGAUUCUUGAUUUCCUACAACUCGUGAUAAAAGUAAUAAAAUAUAUUUUAUUAUUGUUGUGGGCACUUUUCAGUUUUUCGUGCAAGGAAGCCGGUGAUCGGGCAUACUUGUUACUGUUAUCAUAGCGCGUAAUUAACAUUUUUUUAUUCUCCCUUUAUCAUUCUAAACGAGGUUUUGAAAUUUGAAUAAGCGCUGGUGCUUAUUGUUUACAACAAGUAGGUAUAGUACUCAUACUUACGUCAAGUCCAUUUCUACACGGUAAAGGUCAUUUCUAUUGGAAUCCAAGCGAGUCGAACAAACUGCUUUCACGAGACGAUUCGACAACGUCGCCGUCGCCGCCGCCGCCGCCGCACGUUUCAGAUGAACUAGGCGAGAAACUAAACAGUGGUGUCUUAAAUACAACCACGGCACUCACAUCGCAACCACUAGCAGGAUGUGAGAGUUUUUCCCGAAGACUCGUGCAAGACUUGUUUUUGUACAAAAAACGCACCAUCUUCAACGCCAUUAAAAGCUGUUACCAAUUUCUUACAAUUAAAUAAGUUUUGAAAUAUUCAAUUCAGACAUUUCAAUCAAAUAAUACACAAUGUCAAUUAAGGAUGUACGUUUUGGUUUCAAUUUUCUCACAGACACAAAUAUCAAGGCAUGUAUGGAUUCUGUAAAAGAAUUGGAACUCACUUUUGCCUGUUUACCUGUGUCAAGUCUUAGGUUAAAAUCUAAUUCUAAAGUAUUAGAUCCAUCUAGUACUGUCAUGAAUCCUGAGUUUUGUCAAAAGUGGUGUCAUUGUGUUGUUGCAAGCAUUUCUCUACCUAAUGUUGAUUCGGAAAUUGAAAGUACCAGACUAGAAAAUCAAAAAUCUUUUACACAAGACAUUUCAUGGGCUUCAUUUUUAAAUGUAUAUUGCAUUAUGUUUGAGUUACCACUACAUGGAGAUGUUGUAAAUUUGGUUAGAUUGCUAGACAAUCAGAUUGAUAUAUAUAUAAAUUCUGCUGUAUUAAUACAGUUUUGGGCAUUAGUACCAAUAGUCAACUUAAAAACAGACCCGUGGAAAAAAUGGACUAAAUUCAUAUCAUCAAUAAGAAAUGUAAAUAGAAUAAAAUUAGCAUUGGAAAUUGGGCCUGAACUACCUAGCGAUGAAGAACUUGACCGUUGGUUAGGAGAACCAGUUGCAGCUUUAGUAAUACAGUCUAAAAUAUUUAUGACAAAUAAAAAAGGUUACCCAGUGUUAUCUAAGCCUCAUCAAAAAUUUAUCAAAAAAAUGUUCAAUAUAGGCUGUCAAAUUGUAAUAUCUGGACAGCUAGGUAUUAAACAACAAUUCAAUUAUUUAGGCUAUCUAUACCAAAAUACUACAUCAUUAACCCCUUAUAGUUCUGACUUUAUAAGCGGCUUUGAAGAUUAUCUUCAGACACCAUUACAACCAUUGAAACAUAAUUUACAGUCGUAUGUUUAUGAGACAUUUGAGCAAGAUCCUAUUAAGUAUUAUGAGUAUCAAAGAGCAAUAUCAAAAGCUUUAAUUGAUAAAUAUGAAGAUAAAGUACUUGUUGUGUAUGUUGUUGGCGCUGGCCGUGGUCCAUUAGUAGAUGCUACCUUUGAAGCAGCUAAGGAUGCAAAUAUUAAAGUCAAAAUAAGUGCCAUUGAGAAAAAUGAAAAUGCUUUACCAUCAUUAUUUUUUAAAAAUAAAGAAAAAUGGGAAAAUCGUGUUACUAUUAUUAAUGAGGAUAUGCGGUUAUGGAAUCCAUCAGAAAAAUGUGAUAUUUUAGUAUCAGAGCUAUUGGGGUCUUUUGGUGAUAAUGAAUUAUCUCCAGAGUGUUUAGAUGGAGCCCAAAAUUAUUUGAAAAAAGAUGGAAUCAGUAUACCUUCAAGUUAUACUUCUUAUCUAGGACCAAUACAAUCACGCAAAUUGCAUGCAGAAAUAUCGUCCAUUAGGAAAAAUAACGAUAAUUGUAACUUUCAAAAACCUUAUGUAGUACAAUUAAACAAUGUCUAUUCUAUAGCUCCACCAAAACCCCUUUUUACAUUUGUUCACCCCAAAAAAAAUUUAGAAGAGAGUAAUAACAGAGAUGGGUUUUUGAAAUUCAAUAUCUCCCAAGAUUGCGUUUUGCAUGGAUUUGCUGGUUACUUUGAAACUGUACUUUAUAAAGACGUGCGUCUUAGUAUUGUUCCAGAAUCAUUUAGUGAUGGCAUGUUUAGUUGGUUUCCUGCUUAUUUUCCUCUAAUAAAACCCAUAUUACUUGAUAAAGGAGAAGAAAUUCAAAUCAAUUUUUGGCGGUGCAGUAACAAGUUCAAAGUGUGGUAUGAAUGGUGUAUGACAAGACCGUAUCAGAGCAUUAUACAUAAUAUAAAGGGAGAAAUGUAUUUUAUGUCACUCUAAUUUUGUUUACUUUGAAUUGUUAAUGUGUUUAUUUUGUAAUAAUUGAAAUAUAUUAUUUUUAUUCUAAUAUAUUAUCAAAUUACAAGGUUAUAAAAUAUUUUUGACGACUAAUACAAAUUUGAAUAUUUAUUAUUUAUGUUAAAGAAGCUGCCAAAUGGUUGAUGAUAAUGAAAAUUUUGUCAACUUUAACCACUACAAUUUUAUUUUGUAUACAAUUUUUUUUAUAUAUACUUUAUAAAAUAUUUUUUCCAAUGAUUGUAUGUGUUUAAAUAGUCUUUCUUUUUAGAAUAUUAACACUAUUAACUUUAAUAUUAUUGUAUUUUACCAAUUUUCUUUUUUAAAACACAUUUAAAAUAAAUGUAUAUAGCCUUAACUUUUCAUUAUACUAUUUUUAGUAUACUUACAUUGAAAUGAGUUAUAUCUACAUACAUGUUGAUCAGGCAUAUCAAACACGUGGACCCGCUGCAAAUUUUUUUAUGGUCCGCGAUUACCUUAAUUAAUAAUUAAUUGUAAAAAUAAAUUUAUAAAAUAAAAAUGUACAAUUUUCAUUUUGUGUCAUAAUUAUGUUAAAUUCUUAGAAAUGGCUUCGUCCAAUAAGA